UCCCAUUUAAACAAACACCGUUCUGCCGAAGAUGGCGGUGAGUUUGUAGAGGCGUCAAAGAAACUGCUCUGCUCAAUGAAACCGUCGAAGCCGGAGAUGUUACGACAUUAAAACAACACCACAUCCUAAAUGGAGCUUGACUGGGGCUUGUACUGGCCAAGGUGCUGAUAUGUGCUGAAAAUGAGUGGUAUAGGAGACAACUCGUUGGAGCCGCUGUGCUCUGACCGCAAACGCAAACUGUCCACCUGUGACACUCCAGGCUUAGGGUGUGACAAGCGUCGGAGGGAACAGGAGAGCAAGUACAUCGAGGAGCUGGCCGAGCUCAUCUCUGCCAACCUCUCCAACAUUGACAGCUUCAAUGUCAAGCCUGACAAAUGUGCCAUCCUCAAGGAGACUGUGAGGCAGAUCAGACAAAUCAAAGAGCAAGGAAAAAGCUCGUGUAGUGAUGAUGAUGUCCAGAAGGCUGAUGUGUCCUCCACUGGUCAAGGGGUCAUUGACAAGGACCAUCUGGGACCGCUGCUCCUGCAGGCCUUGGAUGGCUUUCUGUUUGUGGUGAACCGAGAGGGCAGCAUCAUAUUUGUGUCAGACAAUGUGACCCAGUACCUGCAGUACAAACAGGAGGAGCUGAUCAACACCAGUGUGUACAAGAUCAUCCAUGAUGACGACAGGGAGGAGUUUCACAAGAAUCUGCCCAAGUCCAUUGCGCCAAAUGGGGCAUCGUGGGGUGGAGAAGCACCUCGGCAGAAGAGUCACACCUUCAACUGUCGCAUGCUGGUGAACUUUGGUCAUGGUCAUGGGUUGUCCGAUGAGAGACCUGGGGGCCUACGCUAUGAGACCAUGCAGUGUUUUGCUCUGACUCAGCCCCGGGCAAUGAUGGAGGAAGGAGAAGACUUGCAGUCAUGUAUGAUUUGUGUGGCACGACGUAUUACUGCAGUAGAAAGAACUGAGAGGUUUAGCACUCGCCAUGAACUGUCUGGUAAACUGAUUGAAAUUGAACAUCAGAGCUCUCUUCAUACCACCAUGCGCCCAGGUUGGGAAGAUUUGGUAAAGCGCUGCAUGCAAAUGUUCCUCCAUCACAGUGAGGGACAACCAUGGUCCUACAAACGUCACUAUCAAGAAGCGUUCCAUAAUGGCCAUGCAGAAACUCCACUCUAUCGUUUCUCGCUUCCUGAUGGUACCCUAGUCACAGCUCAGACCAGGAGUGACCUCUCCAGAAAUCCUAACCCCAAUGAACCACACUCUUUUGUGUCCACACACUUGCUUCAAAGAGAGCAAAAUAAUUAUCGUGGAAACCAAGGUGGAGGCAUGAGGCCUCAAAACAACCCCAAUCAACAGAUGAACAUGGGCCCUGGAGGAGGCAUGGGUAUGAACCGGGGGUAUGGCAUGGCUGAACAGGGCGGCAUGCCACACAGAGGAAUGCCUCCGUAUGUGGGCGGCAACUGCAUGACCCCCAUUAACCAGAUGAACCAAAUGAAUCCCAUGCAGCAAAUGAACAACGCGGGUCAAAUGAAUCAAAUGAGUUCCAUGCAUUCAGUGAACUACCCCAUGAACUCAAUGAACCAAAUGGGUCCAGUGAAUCAGAUGGGUCACCGCAGCAUGCAUCACCAGCAGCACCCACAUCAACAACAGAUGGGUCAGUUCCAUGGAGGAGGAGGAGGAGGUGGACCAGGAGGUUCAGGGUAUGGAAUGGGAAUGACCAGUCCUCCCCAGGCCAGUCCAGGGAUUAAUGGCCCCCCACACAAUGUCAUGGGUUCCCCUAGAGUCAGAGGAAGCCCAAAGAUGGGUGCAAGCCCCUUCUCCCCUGGUGGUAUGAACUCCCCCAUUAGCUCCAGUCACCCUGGUAACUCUGGAGCGGGUGGAGGAGGAACCACCUUCUCAAGCAGUUCUUUGAACGCCCUCCAAGCCAUCAGUGAGGGAGUUGGCAAUCCUAUGCCUACCCCACUCACAUCUCCCCCCCAACACAAACCUGACAGCUCCCCAAGCAUCAACUCCACCAACCAGUCAGCAGGGGGACCAUGCAAACCAGGUCUCCCGGGCUACUCUGACACCAAGAGUCCAGGCACCUCUUUGGGGGCUGGUGGAGAUCAGCACUUGCAGCAACACCCUCGCACCCCUAUCAGCGAGGGCCCUCCUGACAAACUGGACAGCCAGGUGAGCAGAGAGAUGGGCCCAGCAGGGGGCGAAUCCACUCGAAGGGUCCCUGAUAGCAGAUCUCACAAGAAACUUCUGCAGCUUCUCACCUCCCCUACAGACGAGUCGGCACCCCCCAAUCAAACACCAAGCUCUGGAUCCACCUCCACGCCCGAGAAUAAAGACGGAACACUGGGCGUCACCAGCCCUUUUUCUUCCACAGGAGUGUCCUCCUCUACAGGUGGAAAUCAUGGUGCUGUGUCGUCCUCUGGUGGCACUGGUCAUCUAUCAAAUCAGUCACUUCAGGAAAAGCACAAGAUCCUCCACAAGCUCCUUCAGAACGGGAACACUCCCGACGAGGUGGCUCGCAUCACAGCCGAGGCCACUGGGAAGAGCACCUUCAAUUCAGACUCUGGAUCUGCGGCCCCUGGUGGAGUUAGGGGAUCGGAAUCAAAACAAGAGCAGCACAGCCCUAAGAAAGAGAAGCCUCAUGCGCUCCUUCACUACCUCCUCAAUAAGGAUGAUUCUAAAGAAAGUGGGGAUGUCAAGCCUAAGCUGGAAGAGUUGGAAGGGAGGGCAGCUCAGGGGGCAGGGGUCACUAACUCAGACAUUGAUGGAAAGGUCAAACUGGAGCCAUCUGAUGAGACUGAGACCCUGGAGACCAUUCUUGGUGUCCCAAGGAACAACUCUGGCUUCUACCCAGACCCAGACUCCAGAGCAGGGAAGGAAGUGGGAAGGAAACAAGGAAAUAUGCCUGACACUUUCAAUGGAGGAGAGAAAGGUCCUGUGCCACUAGGCCAGCAUGGUGUCUAUCAAAGAACCUUGUCCAUGGAUGCCAAACCCAUGGCUGGAGAGGGAGUAGCAGCAGCAGCAACAGUAGGAGGAGGCCUUUCUAUGAGAAGGAACGUCCCCUGUCCCACGUUGGUCAAACAGGAAAAAAUGGAUGUGCCAAUCCGACCUGGCGGUGUAUCCAAUGGCUUUCCUGGAGGCAUCGGUGUUUGUCCACCACGGGGAAAUCCAAGAGGUAUGGGCCGAGGUAUGGGAAUGCCCCAGCGCCCUCCCAUGGCAGGAAUAGGGGAGUGGGGGAUGCAGAGGAACAGCCCUGUGGCCGGACCAGGACACCCAGGCAUGGCUCGCUCUGGCCCAAUGGGAGGACCGAUGAUCAACCGCUCCAACAGUGUUCCUGGAAACACCAGGUCUAUGUUGCAGCAGCAGCUCAUGGAUAUGGGUACCAAUGAAUCCAAUAUGAGGAUGAGCCCAUUUGGUGGACACGGACCACCACCACAGUCCCCAUCCUGGCCAGACUCUGCAAUGGGAAUGGACAGACCACAAAGCAACUCUAACAUGGACCCGUUUGUACACCCCCUGGAUGAUUUACUGGGCUCUGUGGCCAACAGUGAGGGCCCUCCUGAUGAGCGAGCGCUUUUGGACCAACUGGAUUCUCUGCUGAACACCGCUGAUGUCAUUGCUCUGCAGGAGAUUGACCGAGCCCUGGGCAUCGCUGAAAUAGUAAGCCAGGGACCAGAAGGUCCACCGCGGGGCCAGGAGCAAGGACAGAGUCAGCGCCCAUCCUCGGAGCCUUUCCCACGGCCAGAGUCCUCCAUAGCCAUGGACCCAAAAUCUAUGUAUGGCCAGGGCUACCCCGGACCCCCAGGUCCCCCUUCCAUGGGCAUGCAAGCUGGGUACAGCAACAACACAAUGCAAGGCCAGUCUCCAGGAGGCUUCAACCCUAUGAUGAAUCAGAUGGGUCAAACAGGGGGCUUCCCUGGCAUGGGGGGUAUGGGCAACCCCCGUGCCAACAUGAUGAGACCGCGCAUGAUGGCUGCAAAGCCUCUCCGACUGCAGCUACAGCAGAGACUGCAAGGGCAGCAGUUUAUGAACCAAACCCGACAAGGCAUAAAGAUGGAAAAUGCCCCUGUAGGAAAUCCUCCCAUGCGUCCAGGCUUGCAGCCUGGCAUGCAGCCUGGCAUGCAGCCUGGCAUGCAGCCUGGCAUGCAGCCUGGCAUGCAGCCUGUAGGCAUGGGCACUCAGGGUACUCAGCCUGGUUUCCUGAACGCCCAGAUGAUGGCUCAGCGCAGCCGAGAGAUGAUGACCAUGCAGAUGAAGAGGCAGCGGAUGAUGAUGCUGAUGCAGCAGCAGCAGCAGCAACAACAACAACAACAACAACAGCAGCAGCAGCAGCAGGGGCAGGGAGCAGCAGGAGCCUUCAGCCCUCCUCCAAACGUCACUGCACCGGGAGGCAUGGACAGCCCCAUGGUCAGUCCUGUCUUAAACCAACCUGGGCAGCAGGGCUUCAACUAUGGAGGCAACUAUGGGAUGAACCAGCAGGGGGACCCAUCAUUCAUGGCUCCAGGUAGCAGCCCACCGGGAAAUAUGAUGCAAGGGCGAAUGGGUGGCCCUCCUCAGAACACCAUGAUGCCUGGGAUGCAAGGAAACCCACAGGGGGGACCCAUGUACUCGAGCGGAGACACGAAGGCCUGGCCGCAGGGAGGAAUGCCACGCAACAAUUCAUACUCGCAGCAGCAGCAGCAGUACCCUCAGCAAGGCAACCAGGGCCAGUUUGGACCCAUGAUGAUGAACAGCUCCAUGGGUGGGCUGGGUCCAGUCAGUGGGGCCGCUGCAGGACAGAUGGGACAAAUGCCAGGACAGAUGCAGGGCCACAUGGGCAUGAACCCCAUGGGAAUGGGUAGAAUGCCAAUGGGACCUGAUCAGAAGUAUUGUUGAGGAGAGGACCUGUGGCAGGUGGCAGAAACUGACGCCUUUCAACUGUAGCGGAACACCUGGGACUACACACACACACACACACACACACGUGCAAGAGACUCAAAUGUACUGCUCAUCCAGAAGGAAGUGGGCUGUGAGGACACGCGUGCAUCAGGUUUCAUCUCCAACUGAAACGUCACAAGUCGAUUAUGAUUAUGCACAAACAGAAAGUGUGUGUGUGUGUGUGUGUGUGUGUGUGUGUGUGUGUGAGCUGUCCAACAGUAUUCAGCGUCACAGUCCGGCUGCAGUUUGGGAUGAUGGUACAACAGGCUGUGACCGCACUUUACCCAGAGGCUCCUGUGUGGAAAAUCAACAUUGAUGCAAUAUUUCUUCAUCAUCAAACUUUUACUAGAGAUUCAAUGCCUUCACAAAAAGGUUUAUUUUUGUUUUCCUUUUCUUUUUUUCGGAUGCGCCUCAUUCUUAAAGUCAUUAGAAGCUCUCGGCACAGUUUUCUAUGUCAUGCAGAUUGGAGCAAUAAUUAUUGCGUGGAUAUUUUUGAGUGUCUGUCACCCUGUUAUCAGCAAACACACGGUACUGUGCAGUAUUGGACGUCUCCAGUGUCCUCUGUGAACAUGAACUGUAAAUCUACGACGUGCUUUCAAAGGCCUGUGUUUGUGUUCCACAGGUCAUGACAGACGUGUUCACUUCUGUUUGUUAGUUUUUGCCUUGGCAGAUGUUGCGGGCAUGUUUGGGUUUUCCUUCCCUUCUCAGUCAUUUUCUCAAUGCUGUUGUUUUUUGUUUUUGUUUUUUUAUUUCCUGAAGAGUCAUGUUUUAGUAAGGCACUUUUUUAUGACUUAAUGGUUUGAGCCCUCACACUGUCAAAACUAUCGUAGGAAAAGUGAUGGAGAUGAAUUCUUACAGGUCUGUCCAUGAUGUUAAAUUGAUAAUUGGAUGAAUGUGUAUGUGUGUGUGCGUGUGUGUUACAUUAUGAGGAAAAAGCAAGUCCUCAUUAUGUAAAGAUUACAUUUUAAAGUGACGCUAUGUUUAAGGGUUUGGGGUAGUUGACAUAAUGGCUGUCUGAAGUCAUGGACGUGUGUGUGUGUGUUUCACUUCAGUGACAAACCUGCUCCUGACAGAUUUCUCUCCCCCCUCAGUUUUGUCCGUUCAAUGUUUUUCUUCACAUAAUCUCCACUCGCUGAAUCUACCUUUUCAGAACGCGCAAUCCAAAGAUAUUUUUUCACCUCUCUGUAUAGUUUGAGUGUAAAUUUUUUAUGAUAUGCAUUUAUAUUAUUCGGAUGGUAAAUGGGUACAUAUGGAUGUGUAAUUGCAUACGGUGGACUGUAUGUGUGUGAGCAGUGCAGUAAAAGGAGAACUGGAAGGUUCCAACUCCACAGCAGACACGUUUUUACAUCAGAGAAGAAAACAAAGCAUGUUUUUGCUGUGCAAGAGAAUGAAAUCCACUUAAAAACAUAUCAAUAUCGCUUCUAUUUUUCUGUAAACGACUCCAUUUAAUGAGCAGAUUUUGUUACUUUGGGGAAAAAGGAACUUUGUACAGUAUGAAUGAAGCACAACAUGAGGGAUGAGAUGGUUUUGGUUUGUUUGAGUUUUUCUCUGUGUGAAGGUAAGAUAAGCUGUCGUUUUACAGGAUGUAUAUUACAGAUUUCUCUCUUUGUUGUUGAUAUUAAUGUAAAUACAAAUUUAUAUUUAAA